CCUUCCUGCGCAGGCUGCAGCGCAAGGCCCACCUCUACCGACCCACCCGCCAUGCUCAACCCCUCGCCCCUUUCGUGCGACUCGGCUCCGCAAGCUCUCGCCGCGCCUAGCUUGGGCAUCCAGGCCGAGUACACCACCCCGAGCGAGGUCGACAAGUGGAAGAAGACGUUCCACCGCUAUGCGACCCGCGACUCGAUCGGCGGCGAGAGCUACCUCACCGAGCCCGACUUUGUGUCGGCCGUCGCUCCCGAAUCCGACUUCUCCAAGAUCAGCCGCCAGCAGUACGGCAUCCUGUUCAAGGUCGCCGACCGAAAACAUACGGGCCGGGUCGACUGGGACGACUUCGUCGCCUUCGAGGAGCUCCUCAAGAAGCCGGCGGCCGAGUACGACAUCGCCUUCCGCGUGUUCGACACGAACGGCGACGGUCAGGUCCUGUUCAACGAGUUCAAGAGCACGUUCCAGAGCAUGCGCGGGCCCGACGCCAUCCCGUUCGACUUUGACAGCCCGUGGGUCAAGCUGUACCUCGGCAAGCAGGACGGCGGUCACGUUCUCGGCUUCAACGAGUUCACCCAGCUCAUCAAGGGCCUUCAGGGCGAGCGCCUGCGCCAGGCGUUCCGCCACUUUGACAAGGAUCUCGACGGCUACAUCGACAAGGGCGAGUUCAAGCGCAUCAUCUACGAGCUCGCGCGCCACAAGCUGUCGGACGCCGUCCUCGAGAAGCUCGACUCGGUCAGCGAGGUCGUGCCCGGCGGCAAGAUCAGCUACUCCGAGUGCAUCGCCUUCUACAACGUCAUCCACGAGAUGGACCUGGUCGAGAAGGUCGUCCGCGAGGCGUGCGCGCGCUCGCCCGACGGCAAGAUCACGCCGCUCGACUUUGUCAACCACGCGUCGCGCACGAUGCGGUACGGCACCUUUUCGCCGAUGGAGGUCGCCAUCAUAUUCCAUUUCUCGCGCCAGGGCGUGAGCGACGCCGACAAGCCGCGGCUCGGCCUGCGCGACUUUGGGAGCCUGCUCGACGCCAAGUGGGGCCCGCCGAGGUCGACGACGACCGUGACCGAGGGCGGCAAGGUCAAGCGCAAGGCGGGCAGCGCCCUGCACGAGAUCGGCAAGUCGGCGUACUACUUUGGGCUCGGCGGCAUCGCUGGCGCGCUGGGCGCGACGGCAGUAUACCCCAUCGACCUCACCAAGACCCGCAUGCAGAACCAGCGCUCCAAGGUCGUCGGCGAGCUCCUGUACAAGAACUCGCUCGACUGCGUCAAGAAGGUGUACAAGAAUGAGGGGUUCACCGGGUUCUACCGCGGCCUGCCGCCACAGCUCAUCGGUGUCGCGCCUGAAAAGGCGAUCAAGCUCACGGUCAACGACCUCGUGCGCGAGUACGCGACCGACGCGGCAACGGGGCGGAUCAAGGUCGGGUGGGAGCUCGCGGCUGGUGGUCUCGCCGGUGGCUGCCAAGUCGUCUUCACCAACCCGCUCGAGAUUGUCAAGAUCCGGCUGCAGAUGCAGGGCGAGAACGCCAAGAUCUCGGGCGCGGCGCGACAGAGUGCGGCGCAGAUCGUCAAGAGCCUCGGACUGCUCGGCCUGUACAAGGGCGCCAUCGCGUGCCUCGCGCGAGAUGUCCCCUUCUCGGCCAUCUACUUCCCUGCGUACGCCCACCUCAAGAAGGACAUCUUCCACGAGGGCCGCGACGGCAAGGCGCUCUCGUACGGCGAGGCGCUCUCGGCCGCCGCCAUCGCUGGCAUGCCCGCCGCCUACCUGACGACGCCCGCCGACGUCAUCAAGACGCGCCUCCAGUCCGAGGCGCGCAAGGGCGAGAGCACGUACAAGGGCGUCGUCGACGCGUUCCGCAAGAUCCGUGCCGAGGAGGGCUUCUCGGCGCUGUACAAGGGCGGUCCCGCACGUGUGCUGCGCUCGUCCCCGCAAUUCGGCGUCACCCUCGUCGCGUACGAGAACCUCAAGAAGCACUUCCCGUACCCCGAGCCCAACCAGAGCCUCAUCGAGACGGUGCUGCCCCGCGAGGAGGAGAUGGCGCGCGUUCGUGCGAGGAAUGCUCUCAAGGUGCUCCUCGACGUCGACACGAACGUCGGCAUGCGGUCGGCGCCCAUCCCCGAGAGCAAAAAGUAGACUCGUCUCCCCCCUUUGUCGAGAGACGACCCCAAUGCAGUUAUCAGACACUACGUGCGA